AUGGCUACCGCAACCACCACGGUCCAGACGAGGAGCAGGGCGGCGAAGCAGCAGGUGAGCCUCUUCCCCCUGCCCAUAAUCACUGAGGGGCGCACUGCACCUUUCAACAUUGCGCGCGCAGCGCUGGCUGCUCCCUCCGCUCCGAUCAAGCUCGAGGCCGAGACUAAGGGGCAGGAAUUCCCCGAUGUCAAGACCAUCAAGAGUUGGAUCCCAGAGCACUGCUUCCAGCCCACGGUCGCCCGCUCCAUGAGCUAUGUCGUCCGCGACUAUGCCAUGGCCCUUACCCUGGGCUGGGCGGCUCUGACCCACAUCCCUCAGAUCGAGAACUCGCUCUGGCGCUCCGCCGCCUGGAUCGCCUAUGGCUACAUCCAGGGCCUCAUUGGUGUCGGUAUCUGGAUCCUGGGCCACGAGUGCGGCCACGGCGCCUUCUCUGUCCACUCCAAGUUCAACGACAUCAUGGGCUGGGCCAUGCACUCCUCGCUCCUCGUCCCCUACUUCAGCUGGAAGUUCAGCCACCACCGCCACCACCGCUUCACCGGCCACAUGGAGAAGGACAUGGCCUUCGUGCCCCAGACAGUCGCCGACCGAUCGCGCAAGCGCCUCGCCAACCUGUACAUGGACGCCGAUCUCUUCGAGGACACCCCCAUCGUCCAGGCAGUCAAGCUGUUCUUCCACCAGCUGGUCGGAUGGCAGACAUACCUCCUGACCAACGCCUCCGCCGGCAAGGGCAGCUUGCAGCGCGAGGGAGCCAGUUGGUUCCGUGUUAGCCACUUCGAGCCCACCUCUGCCGUGUUCAGGCCCAACGAGGCUGUCUUCAUUGCUCUCUCCGACCUCGGCCUGGCCCUGACCUCAGGCGCCUUAUACUACGGCUCCACCAUCUACGGGUGGCAGACGAUUGCUCUCCUCUACAUCGUGCCUUACAUGUGGGUCCACCACUGGCUCGUGGCUAUCACCUACCUCCACCACAACCACCCCGAGGUGCACCACUACGAGGCCGAAUCUUGGUCCUACGUCAAGGGCGCGCUUGCCACCAUCGACCGUGACUUUGGCUGGGUUGGCCGACACCUGUUCCACAACAUCAUCUCCGACCAUGUUGUCCACCACCUUUUCCCUCGCAUCCCCUUCUACAAGGCCGAAGAGGCCACCGAGGCCAUCAGGCCCAAGCUCGGCAAGCUGUACCACCGCGACGACCGCUCGUUCCUCGGCCAGCUGUGGUCCGUCUUCACCACCUGCAAAUACGUCGAGCAGGACCCCAACGAGCCCGGUGCGAUGAGGUGGGCCAACCUCAAGGAGAAUUAG